GCAAUAGAUUAGGUCAAAUACGAAACAACGAGGGUAUUUUCGAAAACGGCAUCCUCGUGCUGCCAUAUAAAAGCCUUCGAAUUCUGCUUAUUUCCUUUAUCGCUCAGUCUCUAGUGCGGCUGAGGGUACUCGCUUGGCAUUCUCCACUUCGUUGAAGUAUCUCCUGUUAAGGCAUCAUGGGUAAAGAGAAGACUCACAUCAACAUUGUGGUUAUUGGUCAUGUCGACUCUGGGAAGUCAACUACUACUGGCCACUUGAUCUACAAGCUUGGAGGAAUUGACAAGCGUGUUAUUGAGAGAUUUGAGAAAGAAGCUGCUGAGAUGAACAAGAGAUCAUUCAAAUAUGCCUGGGUGCUUGACAAGCUUAAGGCUGAGCGUGAAAGAGGAAUUACCAUUGAUAUUGCAUUGUGGAAGUUUGAGACCACCAAAUACUACUGCACAGUCAUUGAUGCUCCUGGACAUCGUGAUUUCAUCAAGAACAUGAUUACAGGAACUUCCCAGGCUGACUGUGCCGUCCUGAUCAUUGAUUCCACUACUGGUGGUUUUGAAGCAGGUAUUUCAAAGGAUGGACAGACUCGUGAGCAUGCUCUGCUUGCUUUCACUCUUGGGGUCAAGCAAAUGAUCUGCUGCUGCAAUAAGAUGGAUGCCACUACCCCUAAGUACUCAAAGGCCAGAUAUGAUGAAAUUGUGAAGGAAGUCUCUUCCUACUUGAAGAAGGUUGGUUACAACCCAGAUAAAAUUCCCUUCGUCCCUAUCUCAGGAUUCGAGGGUGACAACAUGAUUGAGAGGUCCACCAACCUUGACUGGUACAAGGGUCCAACCCUCCUUGAGGCUCUUGAUCAGAUCCAAGAGCCCAAGAGGCCCUCAGACAAGCCUCUCAGGCUUCCCUUGCAGGAUGUCUAUAAGAUUGGUGGUAUUGGUACUGUGCCAGUUGGACGAGUGGAGACUGGUGUUCUGAAGCCUGGUAUGGUGGUGACUUUUGGUCCCUCGGGACUGACAACUGAAGUUAAGUCUGUUGAGAUGCACCAUGAGGCUCUCCAGGAGGCUCUUCCAGGUGACAACGUGGGAUUUAAUGUGAAGAACGUUGCAGUCAAGGAUCUGAAGCGUGGUUUUGUUGCCUCUAACUCUAAAGAUGACCCUGCAAAGGAGGCUGCCAACUUCACAUCUCAAGUUAUCAUCAUGAACCAUCCUGGUCAGAUUGGAAAUGGCUAUGCCCCUGUGCUUGACUGCCACACAUCCCACAUUGCUGUUAAAUUCGCCGAGCUUUUGACCAAGAUUGACAGGCGAUCUGGUAAAGAGCUUGAGAAGGAGCCCAAAUUUUUGAAGAAUGGUGAUGCAGGUAUGGUUAAGAUGAUUCCCACCAAGCCCAUGGUGGUUGAAACUUUCUCUGAGUAUCCCCCACUUGGACGUUUUGCUGUGAGGGACAUGCGUCAAACUGUUGCUGUGGGAGUCAUCAAGAACGUGGAGAAGAAGGACGCAACUGGAGCCAAGGUCACUAAGGCAGCCCAGAAGAAGGGAGGCAAGUGAUUUCUGCAACUACAUGGUAUCAAGGUUGCAGAAAUCAGUGGUUUAUUGUUAGUUUCGUCAUUGAAGAGUCGGAUGCUUUUGUUAUAGUUUUGAGUAUCUGUCGUUGUCUUGCAGCCUUAACAUGCAAGUCUGGGUUCUUGAUGGCGGCAAAGAGUUUUCGUUUCAGUCUGCCGAGUCAUGUUUUGUUUUAAUGUCAGUCUUAUGCGAACUCCAUUUUCAAAAGCAGCCUGAGGGUUUUAGGUUUGCUCUUUCGCUGCUUAGGGAUGCUUUAAUUUUACUUAUAAUUUAUAUUUUUUUUUUAGUUUUU